CAACUACAUGCAAAACAAUCAUGUUUCCUUACUAAUUUGCUGCUAAUCUCGACUGUUAUGAGAUUUCUUCGGAAUCCUAGAUUAACUGGACCGAUUGCGAAGACGAAGGAUGUCAAAAGAAAAAAAAAAGAAAGAAAAUGCUUGAAGCCACGUGAACGAGAACGAUGGAUUCGUUAAAAACCGUUACGGGCUGCUAUUUGCAGAUUCUAAAUAAUGGACUCGAUCGGUCGAUCAUUCCGGACAAUUACUUCCAGGAAACAUCGAAUCGAAAACAUCCGCCGUACAUGACCAUGCCGAUAGAGACUGUACAUAUACGAAUACACUCCCGUCUAAUGUCUUACUAGCUAUAUGGCCUGCCCGUGAAUAUUCUUGAAUAAUAUUUUCACGAUCUUGGCUUAACGGAGAUAUAAACAGUGGAUCGAUUAGAUUAAUUUAAAAAUGCUUAGCAUGCACGUAGCAAGGUCGAGAAGCGGCAGGCCUGAGUUCAUGCUACGAGCCUCUGAAAAUAAGUCUCUUCCUUAUCUAUAACUAAACAGAGGUCGUUCCAUUAUAUACAAGCUUGGCAAACGUUAGUCUUUGGAAGCCAAGAAGGAGCAACGAGCGAGAGUCGUAACAUCUUGGAUUUGUCCGGAAAGUAUAAACACUAAAGCACCAUUUUGUGGACUACCAUCUGCCCUCCGUCUUCGGAAUAUGGAGUUUCUACUCUAUCGUCGUUCGUGUUCAUUGGCGUCACCCUCAUUUGCCAUCCUUGCCAUCGACCAAGAUGGCGGCUCGCCAGGCUGUCGAUCCGUGCCCCGCUUCGCUUUUCGUCUCGCGGUAGCCCGGUUAUACUUUGUGCUUCGGCUGCGAGGAAUUACGUGCAGUUUUUUAGAGAUUAAACGCGUUAAGUGCGCCCACAUUAGUCAGAGAAUUUGAAAGCCUUUCGUCUAGACGGGCCGCAAUGGGCGCGUCCGAUCCAGAGUGUUUGGAAGCCAAGAAAGAUGCAAAUAACGUCGACUCCGAUUCCGACCUGCUCGGUGAGCAAAGGCGGAAGAGGAAACGAAAGCACAAACACCAUAAGCACAAAAAAGAUAAGGUACCAGAAAAGGAUGAUGCUAAACCCGAGAAGCAAGAAAAGAAAAAACACAAGAAACGGAAACGUUCCAAGAAAGCAAAAGAAGAGAAUGGGGCGGUGGAAGAAAAAGUGGAGCGCCGGGUUAUCAUCAAGAGGGAAACCAGUGUAAAUGGUAAAGUAAAUAGUACCCGGUUAGACCCUGCAUCUACCGAUGAGAGUGAUGACGAGAAGCUAGUCGAUCUUGACUCGGAUGAGGUCGACUGUACCAUUAUCGAGGACGACAUAGAUUUGGAGGAAUUAAUGAAACAAAAGGAACGACUGCAGGCAUGCCUAGUGCAAUAUUUGUCUGACGAAUCCGAAAAAGAGGAUAAAGAACCCGAGGCUCGAGAGGAAGUCAAAGCUGUACCUACUCCCGAUGUUAUACUCGUAGAGGACGACAGCGGAGAAGAACACGUACCUAGGAAAAAGCGACAUAGAAGUAGGUCGGCAAGUAGAGAACAGAAAAAACUCCUGAAACCUGAAAGGCGCGUCAUAGUCGAUACGACAAGGGACAAGAGAAUUAGGGAAGAGCCUAAGGAUAAGAGAAGGGAAUUAGAACGGCGAAGAGAAGAGAAGCCUCGAAGUCGUCCGGAGGACCUGAAAAGAGAGGAGUCGAGGAAGGACGAUAAACAGAUUCGUAAAGUAAUCGAUAGGAGAGAGGAAUCCAGAAGAAGAAUGGAAGAGGACAAGCGCAAGGACGCGAUUAAAAGGGACGAGUCUCGGAAAAGAGAGCACGAUCGAAGCAGGGAGGAGGAAAGAAAACGAGAGUCAGAGCGCCACGACUCGAAGCCCCGAGAGUCCAGGGCGGAUUCGAGGACCCAGUUGACUAAGCACGAAGGUCGCGACCGGGCAGGUAGUCGCGAUCGUGGAAUGAGUAAAGAUCGAGCCGUCGUUCAGCGAGAAAAGCGGGAGAAGAGUUUGGAGAGACACCGUGAAAGAAACGACAGGAACGACGGAGGAUUGUCGCGCGAGCGAGUGGGCGCUCGUGAUCGUCGCGAUAGCAGGAAUCGCGAUAGAGUGGACGAUCGUAUUCGAGGCAACAGAAGAUUGUCCCGUAGCCCGAUAAGGGGCGGUAGAAUGGAGAGGGACCGCAACGACCGUCACAGGAGGUCGAGGUCGAGGUCUCUUUCGCGGAACUACCGCCAAGAUCGGGACAGGAGGGCACGAGAUCUCGACAGGGAUCGGGAGAGAAAUGGCAAGAGAGAACGAAAUGACAAGUACAAGGAUUCGCUCUCGGAGGGCCUGAAAAUUGAGCGCUCAGACAGCUCCAGCGAGGAGGAGAUCAAGGACAUCGACAUCGAGGAAGAGGAGGACGAGGAGGCGAUCAUCGAACGGAGGAGAAAACAGAGGGAGGAACUCCUCAAGAGGCUGGGUGGACCUAACGAGGACUCAAACAUGUCCGCGGACAUAAACGCGGGCGGUGGUUCUCCGCAUUCCGGGACCCACUCGAACCUGAGCCAGAAGUCCGUGGAGAUCACCUCGAAUAACAACGAGUCGACCUCCGAGAGCCAUACGCCACCCUUGCCAGAGAAGCCCAAAUCCCCGGAGCCCACGGCCAAGAAGAGGAAGUCAAGGUUCGACGACAACGCCGUGGAGAAGCCGGAGAAGCGCGAGGAGAAGCCGGAAGAGAAACCGAAGAUCGAGGAGAAGCCGUGCUCGAAGAGGGCGAACGAGUGGGACAUGUUUGCCGAGGCUGACAAUAUCGGUGACUUCAAUAGUCCCACGGUCGAGGGGAAGAGACCAGGUGGACCGGACAACCCUAGCUUGACCGACAACUGGGACGACGCCGACGGGUACUACCGAGUUCGCGUUGGAGAGACCCUGGAUUCCCGGUACGUGGUGUAUGGGUACACCGGCCAAGGGGUGUUCAGCAACGUCGUUAGGGCCCGAGACAACGCCCGGGGUGGCCUGGACGUGGCGGUGAAGAUCAUCAGGAAUAAUGAAAUUAUGCACAGGACGGGUCUGAAGGAGCUGGAGAUCCUGAGGAAGCUGAACGACGCAGACCCGGAAGACCGGUUUCACUGUCUGCGACUCUUCCGGCACUUUUUCCACAAGAAUCAUCUCUGCAUGGUCUUCGAGCCGCUGGCUAUGAACCUGAGGGAGGUUCUGAAAAAGUACGGCAAGGACGUGGGCCUCCACGUAAAAGCGGUCAGGUCGUACACGCAGCAGCUCUUCCUCGCGCUGAAGCUGCUGAAGCGCGCCAACAUCCUGCACGCCGACAUCAAGCCGGACAACAUUCUAGUCAGUGAGAGCAAGCUCAUCCUGAAGCUCUGCGACUUCGGCUCGGCGUCCCACGCCCACGAGAACGAGAUCACGCCCUACCUCGUGUCGAGGUUCUACCGGGCCCCCGAAAUCAUUCUCGGUAUACCGUAUGAUUUUGGAAUUGACAUGUGGUCCGUGGGGUGCACGAUAUACGAGUUGUACACCGGGAAAAUCAUGUUCUCGGGUAAAACGAACAACCAAAUGUUGAAGUUCUUCAUGGACCUCAAGGGCAAGAUGCCCAACAAGCUCAUUAGAAAGGGCGCUUUCAAGGACCAGCACUUCGACACCAACUGCAACUUCCUCUACCACGAGGUCGACAAAGUGACGGAGCGGGAGAAGGUCGUGAUAAUGUCGACCCUGCCGGCGACUCGCGACCUCGGUGCCGAGCUCGGCGGCAAUUCCCUGCCGGCCGAGCAGAGUCGCAAGGUCGGACAGCUGAAGGACCUCCUUGAGCGGACCCUGAUGCUCGACGCCGGCAAGAGGAUCACCGUGAACCACGCCCUGGCCCAUCCCUUUAUACAAGAGAAGAUCUAGGUAACCCCGGGGACGGGGACCUCCCACCUUCACGGAGAUCUCAUUGACGUAAACUCGUUAUGAAUUUUACUUGGCACGGCCGUUUAGUCUCCGACGUUGCCGCGGAACGCGCUCGCGGCCUUCCCGCGGCAUCGGAGCGCGCGGUUCAUUCCGCGCGGAAGGGGAGCUCGGUGCGAGGUCCUUGGGGAAGAAGGGACCAGGAGGGUAAAGGAAGGCGACCGAACCGUGUGCCUUCCCGACUGGCGCGCUCUUCCCGGCGCCGGUGAGCGUUGAUCCACGAAGCACGGACCUCGUCCUUGGAAUCGAUGCGGCCCUUCGACGCCGCUCGUUGUUUAUUUAUACGUGUUUUAGACGUUGUAUUUGUAUUUUUUUCCCCCCCUAUUUUUCUGUCUUUUUCUUCUAUUUUUUUUUUCGGUCUUAACGGUCGCGCGACCUCGAGGACCGAGCGAUUUGUACAUUGAAUUCGAGCUACCUUGCCGUAACAAUGGGCGUUGUUCUCGUUACACCUAGUUUAUUAGUUUAAUUGCGGGGAGACUGAUCAUGGAAGUGGGAUCAGGGCGAGGUGUCCGUGCUUCCUCUGUUGACUGCUCUUAUGGGGUUGUUUUUUUUUUUUCCUUUCUUUUUUUCUUGCUUUUUUUCUCCGGAGAGACUCGCCGCCCGGGUCGCGACUUCGUCGAUCGUCCCGUCGAGGACGAGCGAGGGUACGGGGUUUCAAAAGUGGCGUCCUUCGAUCGAGGAUAAGGGACGAUCGAUCGCGGGGAAACUUCGCCGAUCGGUAGUCCUCUUCGUCUCUCCGGGCACGAGCAGCCUCCCCCCCACCCUCCCCCACCCCCGACGAUGUUUCUUAUAAAUUAUUAUUGUCAUAUAGUUGGUUACUAAUUCUACUAUAAACAGCGUGUUUGGUUUCUCGAGGGAGUCACCGAUGUCGGAGGACGAGUCGAGCUCCCGAGUACGCGGAUGAGAAUUGCGGGCUCCCUUUGAACCUGGACGAGCACGCGGUACGGCAUUUCUAGGUUUCGGAAUUUAGCGAGAGGAAAGGAAGUCUGAGGAUCACGUAAAGACAGGGAGAGAAAGAGAGAGGGAGAGGACAGGAUAAUGAACGAUUUUUGGUGUACUAACAGAGACAGAACAUGUAUAGUAAGUAGCUAAUGUGGUGGAAAAUAAAAGAAGAGAUGCUUAAACGAAGACCAGGGAGGACGUAGCGAUUUAAGACGGCCCUUGCGAGAACUUGCUCGCUCGCGUGGCGCGGACACGGGGAGAGAGAGGUUUUCCCCUAGAAAGCCGUAUGAGAGAAUGUCCUGGCUGUUCGCGAGGAGGACGAGCCUCUCGGGCCUACUCCUAGGAGUCCUUUGACUCCUUUUUCCUCGCCGCGGAGAAAUGGCACCGAUGCUGAGCGCAGAUUUCUCCUCGUGAGGUCGAUGCUCAUGCCUCGACGUCACCGUUCGUUGGCUUGAUUCCCCUGGGUUUGUCGCGCGACACCAUCGGUGCCCUUUCCGGCGAGCUUAGCGGCCUCGGGGAUGAUCUAAUCGAAUUUGUUAAGGCAUGAUUGUACGAGGCUGCUUAUGUUUCAGAUCAGUCUUCGAUUCGAAUCACCGUUAAGCGGGGCGGACCUUACGAGGGCCUUUUGCGCUGUUCCCGUUGCAAGCCCUCCCUGUGAGGAGGGGAGACGAGGCAGGAGGCCGGCACAAUGAGAGAGAGAGGGCUUGACGAAGGUUUGUCGGCGAGCGCCUUAACGAGAAAGGGGGAGAAAGAGAGAGAGAAAAGGGGCGAGGGUCGAUGAGACGCCCACGUAGAGCCCCUCCGGGUCCUCGGGUGUUUAGCUAGAGGCCCGGGCGAGGGAGGCGGGAGGGCCUAGGGUCGGGCGAGACCCCGAGGGGCGGCGGUAAGUACGGACCCCGUGGACGAACUCCAGGUAAGGCCUACGCUUUCCUCAUGGUCGAUUCUUAGGCUUUCUCGAUCGCCCGACCGCGGGUGGAUCUCGCCUCGCGAGGACGAGCUCGCGGGAUAGUAACCGGUGCGAAUUUGAGGUUUCAGGUCUAGCCGGGACGAGCCGGAUCGCCGGAGGACUCGACCUGGGGACGGCCACCAGGGAAUAACCGGCACGAGAUCGAGCGAACACUUUAUUGUUAGUUGAACUCUGUUUUACAAUAAAAUACAGUUGAUACGUU